AUGGCUCAAGAAAUUCUCUUUGAAGAAGGAACAUUAUUGAAUGUUUCUUUGCCAAUCACAAUUUGUGGAGAUAUUCAUGGACAGUUUUAUGAUUUAAUGCGCUUAUUCAAAAUAUCAGGACAACCAAGUGACACUCGUUACAUUUUUAUGGGCGAUUACGUUGAUCGUGGCUAUUAUUCGAUGGAAACCUUUGCCCUUUUAAUGGCUUAUAAGGUAAAAUAUCCCGAUUCUUUUUACAUGCUUCGAGGAAACCAUGAAAAUCGUAGUAUUAAUGCAAUUUACGGAUUUUAUGAUGAAAUUGUUCAAAGAUACGGUCAUGCCGGCUUAUGGAAGUUAUGCAAUGAAGUUAUGGAUAUGCUUCCAAUGGCUGCACUCAUAGAAAAUAGAAUUUACUGCGUUCAUGGAGGUUUAUCACCCGAAAUUAAACUUGCCGAUCAAUUAGCUCUACUAGAAAGACGUCAAGAAAUACCUCAAAGUGGUCCUCUACAGGAUAUUGUGUGGUCAGAUCCAGAAGAUAUCUCUGGCUGGGCUACAAACCAAAGAGGCGCUGGUUUACUAUUCGGAACCCGUCCUACAGAAGAAUUUUGCUAUAAUAAUAGGAUUGAAUUGAUUGCUCGCGCUCAUCAAAUGAUGCAAGAAGGAUAUAUGUAUCAUUUCGGAAAGCAACAGUUGGUCACUGUUUGGUCUGCACCAAACUACAUGUAUAGACUUGGAAAUAAGGCUGCUACAUUAUACGUUGAUAGUAAUGGACAAAGGACAUUCAGAGUCUUUGAAGCUGUUCCAGAUUCAGAACAGAAAGUCCCAACCGAUCAUGUUUCACCAUACUUCCUUUAA